AGUCUGAGCAACCUAAAGGCGUUCAGACAUCCUUCCGACGCCGAAAAUUUCGAACCGCGACUUUACUGAAACUACACUACUGGAUUGAUUGAUUGUACUCUGCGCUUUAACAGCAGUACACUUACCAAAUUCUAAUUGCAUCCCACGACAGGGUAGAGAGCUGAGAGACUUGGUAAUUGAAGCUGCAUUUUUCCUGCUCAGAUUCUCAGCAUUUAGAAUAGCUCGGAAAGUUUCGGUCCUCUGCCAGAUCUCUCAUGGCAGUCCCAGUAGAGGAAGCCAUUGCUGCGCUGUCCACAUUUUCAUUGGAGGACGAUCAACCAGAAAUUCAAGGACCUGGAUUUUGGGUGUCAACUGAGAGAGGUGCAACUAUUAGUCCAAUUGAAUAUAGUGAUGUUUCCGCCUAUCGCUUAUCUUUAUCCGAAGACACGAAAGCCAUUAAUCAGCUGAAUUUGCUUGUCCGAGAAGGCAAGGAAAUGGGUUCAGUGCUUUAUACAUAUCGGAGUUGUGUUAAAGCCCUUCCACAGCUCCCAGAUUCUAUGAAGCAAAGUCAGGCCGACUUGUAUCUGGAAACAUACCAAGUUUUAGACCUAGAGAUGAGCCGUUUGCGCGAAAUUCAGCGAUGGCAAGCAUCAGCUUCAUCAAAACUAGCAGCUGAUAUGCAACGUUUCUCAAGGCCAGAGCGGCGCAUCAAUGGUCCUACCAUAACACAUCUCUGGUCAAUGCUGAAGUUACUAGAUGUGUUGGUCCAACUUGAUCAUCUAAAAAAUGCAAAGGCUAGCAUUCCUAAUGACUUCUCUUGGUACAAAAGGACAUUCACACAAGUUAGCGUGCAGUGGCAAGAUACUGAUUCAAUGAGGGAAGAGCUUGAUGACUUACAGAUUUUUCUCAGUACGAGGUGGGCAAUUUUGUUGAAUUUGCACGUUGAGAUGUUCAGGGUCAACAAUGUUGAAGACAUCCUCCAAGUUCUCAUAGUUUUUGCUGUUGAGUCACUGGAGUUAAAUUUUGCCCUUCUGUUUCCAGAGCGCCACAUCCUUCUCCGUGUUUUGCCUGUUAUUGUUGUAUUGGCAGCUUCAUCAGAAAAAGAUAGCGAGUCUCUGUACAAGAGGGUAAAAAUCAACAGAUUGGUCAAUAUAUUUAAGAAUGAUCCAGUCAUCCCUGCAUUUCCAGAUCUUCAUCUUUCUCCAGCUGCGAUACUAAAAGAGUUGUCAACAUACUUCCCAAAAUUUUCGGCUCAAACUCGAUUUCUCACUCUUCAUUCACCCCAUGAGCUGCCACCUCGUGAAGCACAAGAUUAUCAGCGUCACUUUUUAAUCAUCAACCACAUUGGAGCAGUUCGUGCGGAACAUGAUGACUUCUCCAUUCGUUUUGCUUCUGCCUUGAAUCAGCUUGCUCUAUUAAAAACAAUGGAUGGUGCAGGUGUGGAGUUUGCAAAGGAAGUCAAAGGAAACGUCUAUGAUAUGGUUGUUGAAGGUUUUCAACUCCUAAGUAGAUGGAGUGCACGUAUUUGGGAGCAGUGUGCAUGGAAAUUUUCACGACCUUGCAAGGAGCCUGUUUCCACAGAGUUGCAUGAGCCAUCAUCUUUUUCUGACUAUGAGAAGGUGGUAAGAUAUAAUUAUAGUGCUGAGGAAAGAAAAGCCAUGGUAGAAAUUGUGAGCUACAUCAAGGGAAUUGGGUCAUUAAUGCAGAAGUCUGACACACUAGUGGCAGAUGCCUUGUGGGAAACUGUUCAUGCUGAGGUCCAAGAUUUUGUGCAAAAUAUACUUGCCACUAUGCUGCGGACUACCUUCCGUAAGAAGAAAGAUCUUUCUAGGAUUCUUUCUGAUAUGCGUACCCUUUCAGCCGAUUGGAUGGCAAAUACAAGCAAACCUGAUUCUGACAUGCAAGGUUUCCAGCAUGGAGGUGAAGAAAGUAGAGGAGCCUUCUUUUACCCAAGACCAGUAGCACCUACAGCUGCACAGAUCCAUUGUUUACAAUUCCUGAUAUACGAGGUGGUGUCAGGUGGAAACAUGAGGAAGCCUGGUGGUCUUUUUGGCAAUACUGGUUCUGAAAUUCCUGUCAAUGAUCUAAAGCAGUUGGAAACAUUCUUCUACAAGCUUGGGUUUUUCUUGCAUAUAUUAGACUAUACAGCGACUAUUGCAAACUUGACAGAUCUUGGUUUCUUAUGGUUCAGGGAAUUCUAUUUGGAAUCUUCUCGGGUUAUUCAGUUUCCUAUUGAAUGUUCCCUUCCUUGGAUGCUGGUGGACCAUGUAAUAGAGUCUCAAAAUGCUGGUCUUCUUGAGAGUGUAUUGAUGCCCUUUGACAUCUAUAAUGAUGCUUCUCAGCAUGCACUUGUAGUUCUCAAGCAACGGUUCCUUUAUGAUGAAAUUGAAGCAGAGGUGGACAACUCCUUUGAUAUCUUUAUAGCAAAAUUAUGCGACACCAUUUUCACGUACUACAAGAGUUGGGCAGCAAGUGAGCUGCUGGACCCAUCAUUCCUGUUUGCCUUAGACAUUGGUGAGAAGUUUUCAGUUCAGCCUAUGAGAUUCUCUGCAUUAUUAAAAAUUACUAGAGUGAAGGUAAGAAAAUAUACACUGUAUCCUCUUUGGUCAGUAUGUCACUUUUCUAUUGUUGAACUGAUCCGUCUAUCUUCUCGGUUUUUGUGUGAGUUGCUUGGAAGGACCAUCAACUUGAGAAGUUUGAUCUCUGAAAGGCUAAACAAAAUGUGUCGGGAGAAUAUUGAAUUUCUUUUUGAUAGAUUUGAGUCUCAAGAUAUAUGCGCUAUUGUGGAAUUGGAAAAGCUCCUUGAAGUCUUGCAACUUGCUCAUGAAUUAUUGUGCAAAGAUCUAACUCUUGAUUCAUUUACGCUCAUGUUGAGUGAGAUGCAAGAGAAUGUAUCUCUUGUUUCUUAUUCUGGCCGGCUUGCAACACAGAUUUGGACAGAGAUGCAAAAUGACUUCUUACCCAACUUUAUCCUGUGUAAUACAACUCAGCGCUUCGUUAGAUCAUCAAGAGUGCCUCCUGUCCCUGUUCAAAAGCCAUCAGUUCCUCAGGCAAAGCCAAACUUUUACUGUGGUACCCAAGACCUAAAUUCUGCACACCAGAGCUUUGCUCGAUUGCACAGUGCGUUUUUUGGUAUUCCUCACAUGCACUCCAUCAUCAGACUUCUGGGGUCCAGAUCAUUACCAUGGCUUAUCCGAGCACUAUUAGAUCAUGUGUCAAAUAAGAUAACAUCUCUUGAACCAAUGAUCACCGGGUUGCAAGAGGUUCUACCCAAAUCUAUAGGACUGCUUCCUUUUGAUGGUGGUGUAUCAGGUUGUGUUAGGGUUGUUCAGGAACAUCUUAAUUGCUGGCAGUCGAAAUCAGAACUGAAACUUGAGGCUCUUCGUGGAAUUAAGGAAAUAGGAAGCAUCUUGUACUGGAUGAGUCUGCUUGAUAUUGUUCUGAGAGAAGUAGACACUAGCCAAUUCAUGCAAACCGCUCCUUGGCUGGGUAUAACUCCCGGUGCGGAGGGACAAGCAAUACAAUUCCAGGAUGGCGAAGAUAGCCCUAUCAUUAGCCUAUUCAAAUCGAUAGCAGUUACAAGUGUUUCAAAUCCUAGCUUCCCAAAUUCAUCAUCGUUCAGAGUCCUUUCACGACAAGCAGAAGCAGCUGACCUGUUAUACAAGUCAAACAUUAAUGCCGGGAGUGUGCUGGAAUAUUCACUUGCUUUUACGAGUGCAGUGCUAGAUAAAUAUUGUACUAAAUGGAGCGUUGCUCCCAAGACGGGAUUUGUGGAUAUUACAACUUCAAAGGACUUCUACCGUAUAUAUAGUGGCCUCCAAAUGGAAUACCUACACGAAGCUGUUCAGGUACAACCAGGGCAUCACGGAAUGCUAGGGGAUUCAGUCGCUUGGGGCGGCUGUACAAUAAUAUACUUGCUCGGCCAACAGUUGCAUUUUGAGCUGUUCGACUUCUCACAUCAAGUCCUCAACGUUGCAGAGGUUGAGGUUGCAUCGACUACUUCAGCCAAUAGGAAUUCACACUUCCUCCAAGGCUUCGAAGGCCUAUUGGAAGCCAUGAAGAAAGCAAGAAGACUGAAUAACCAUGUUUUUUCAAUGCUGAAAGCGCGCUGCCCAUUGGAGGACAAGCAAGCUUGCGCGAUCAGGCAAAGUGGCGCUCCACUGCAUCGGGUCAAGUUCGAGAAUACUGUAUCUGCCUUCGAAACAUUGCCUCAGAAAGGUGCCUGAGCAUACCAGACUCUCAACACCAAUCUUGUAGUAUAUGUUCUUGUUGAUUUUUCUGCAUCCUUAUUUAAUAUGCCAAUGUAAUAUACUAGUAAUACUCUACUAUUCAACUUAAAUUGUAUGAUGUCUUCAAAACUAAAAUGUUUGGUCCAAAUGCAUGAUGUCAAGAGCAUGCUUCGGCGAUUUAAGACAGGAGUUUGUAGAUUUGUUUGUUA